AUGAACCGCUCCGACCCCUAUUGGAGCGAGACGGACGCUGCCACGUCGGCCAACGAGGGCUUCGACGACGACGACGACGGCUGGCUCUCGAAUGCGAGCGACUUCAGCAGGCGCAGCCGUUCAGACCGACCCGGACCCCGGCCACAGGCACCUCAGAGCCAGAGCGGCAGCGGACAAGCUCGCCGCCUCUUUCGCAUCCCCGCCGUCGCCGAUGGCGUGGCAGAGCUUCGCUCUAUUGCCGACUCGUUUGAGCAUAGGCACAGCACCGACCUCCGCUACCCAUUCUCCGAACGUGCAGAGUGGUCGCGGCUGGCCUCAAGCGAGCUCCAGUCGGUCGCAGACGAGGGGCGGCUCGCCAGCGUCGCCUUCCUCCACCACGCCCAGCUUCGUCAGCGAGUCGAGGAGAGCCAAGCUCCCCAGGCAGCCACCUCGCGUCUCCUCUCCUUCGACCACAAGCAGGCCCGGCACGACGGCGGUCGGCUCGCCUGGCCGCUCGAAGCAGAUCAGGAGGUAGAGGCGAUCAUAUCACGUCGGCACGCUGCCCUCGCCUCGGUCCGGAAGCAGAUCCUCGCCGACCACGGCGCCCGCACACGCCCAUCGUCGCGCAAACGCCGGAGGCGGAACAGACAAGCUACCGACGAUGCCAAGGGUGCGGAAAACAUCAACGCUGACGAACCGAGCCCGGCGACAGGGAGGCACGACGAAGGUCUAGGUAGCGAUUCGGACGCCGAAGCCGUGUCGGAGCUCGUCGAUCCAGUGCUGCUGGCCGUACAACAGCAGCUGCGACGAACCUACGAGCAUCUGAUGCUGCAGGAGACGUCAUGGUCCAAUGCUGGCUCCAGGCGCAAGAAGCGCUCACCACGGGGCAAUGCACCAGAGUCGGCAGACGCCCCGAAGGACAAGGUACCGAAGAUCAAGGCAAAGACCGGCAAGAGGCCAUUCGACUGGCGCAGUGUCGUGGGCUUCCUCUCCCAAAGAAGCGAGUCGAUCUCGACGGGGGCUGACAGGGAGAUGGCGUUCGACACGGCCCUUCGAGCGACGGCGGAGCGGCUAGAGCAGAUCUACGGCACAGCGUCCCUCCACCUGCUCAAGGGACGACCCACCGCCUCACAGCAUUACGUCAAGGCCGGCGACUCGGCGUCGAGACGGGCGAUGCUGGACAAUGCCCUGGCAAGGGCUGAAGACUCGCUGCGUCCUCGGCGCGGCGAGGCGGACGAGCCGCCGCGUCGGGAAGCCGAGAGCCGCGAGAACCUGCCGACCAGGUAUCUCAUGGACGCGAGCCUCCUCGACCCGACUGACUUGCUCGUCGACUACGAGGCCACCGCCAAGCUGAGGCCUCCGCCUGGCGAUCAGGACCGCGAGGUCAGGCCCCUUCCAGGGCGAUCCGACGAGCCUACUGGCCGUCCGACGUUUACGAGGCAAGACGGGCGUGUCAUUGGCUCCUCGGCUGGCCCUCUUCUGCUUGCCCGCAGGCCCAUCGACCGUCGGAGAGUCAAGGAAGUGCUGAACCCUGGGGGCUCCAGGAGCGCCGUUUUGCACUCGGCUUCUGGCAGCGAUGCUGGCUCUUCGGCCUCGGACAGGCGGUCCAGCGUCAGCAGCUCCUCGUCCGACGAUCCCAGCUCUUCGAGUGACGACGCUGACGGUAGCAGCGACAGCGACAGUGACAGCGAUCCUAGACCGUCACGACGGUCCAAGAAGGCCAAGACGGGCCGCAACACGCCGCAGAGGGCCGUAAGGAAGUCAUCUGCACCAUGGCGCGGCCGGUCUGAGAGCCGAUCGUUGGACGCCUCCCACGAAGAGCAUGACCGUGGCGCGGGCGCCUCAUCCGCGUCUGCAUCAGCAGCACAAGGGGAAGCGGCGGCGGCGGCGGCUCGGCCUUCCCACCAGUCAUCUGCCGGAACGGGCGCAAAGAAGGCGAAACGGCGGACGCUCAUCACGGCGGUCGGAGGGGUCGGCACCGGCCUGAAACGGCGAGGGAUGGUCAGGGCGAGCAGCGGUUUCUAA